ACCUUGCCCAAAACGAUCAGCGUGCGUGUGACCACCAUGGAUGCAGAACUGGAGUUUGCCAUCCAGCCCAACACCACUGGCAAGCAGCUGUUUGACCAGGUGGUGAAAACAAUUGGCCUGCGGGAAGUUUGGUUCUUUGGUCUGCAGUACCAGGACACUAAGGGUUUUUCCACUUGGUUGAAACUCAAUAAGAAGGUGACUGCACAGGAUGUGCGGAAGGAAAGCCCCCUUCUCUUCAAGUUCCGGGCCAAGUUCUAUCCUGAGGAUGUAUCUGAGGAAUUGAUCCAGGACAUCACUCAACGCCUGUUCUUUCUACAAGUGAAGGAGGGGAUUCUCAAUGAUGACAUUUAUUGCCCACCUGAAACUGCCGUGCUGUUGGCCUCCUAUGCUGUCCAGUCCAAGUAUGGUGAUUUUAAUAAGGAGGUGCACAAGUCUGGCUACUUGGCUGGAGACAAGUUGCUGCCCCAGAGAGUCCUGGAGCAGCACAAACUCAACAAGGACCAGUGGGAGGAGCGGAUCCAGGUGUGGCAUGAGGAACACCGGGGCAUGCUCAGGGAGGAUGCUGUCUUGGAAUAUCUGAAGAUUGCCCAAGAUCUGGAGAUGUAUGGUGUGAAUUAUUUCAGCAUCAAGAAUAAGAAAGGCUCAGAGCUGUGGCUGGGUGUCGAUGCCCUGGGUCUCAACAUCUAUGAGCAGAAUGACAGACUGACUCCCAAGAUUGGCUUCCCCUGGAGUGAAAUUAGGAACAUCUCUUUCAAUGAUAAGAAAUUUGUCAUCAAGCCUAUUGACAAAAAAGCCCCGGACUUUGUCUUCUAUGCUCCUCGGCUGCGAAUUAACAAGCGGAUCUUGGCCCUUUGUAUGGGGAACCAUGAACUGUACAUGCGCCGUCGCAAGCCCGACACCAUCGAGGUGCAGCAGAUGAAGGCACAGGCCCGGGAGGAGAAGCACCAGAAACAGAUGGAGCGUGCUCUGCUGGAAAAUGAGAAGAAGAAGCGUGAGAUGGCAGAAAAGGAAAAGGAGAAGAUUGAACGGGAGAAGGAAGAACUGAUGGAGAGGCUGAAGCAGAUUGAGGAACAGACUAAGAAAGCUCAGCAAGAACUGGAAGAACAGACCCGUAGGGCUCUGGAACUUGAGCAGGAACGGAAGCGUGCUCAGAGUGAGGCCGAAAAGCUGGCAAAGGAACGUCAGGAAGCUGAAGAGGCCAAGGAGGCCCUGCUUCAGGCCUCCCGGGACCAGAAGAAAACCCAGGAACAGUUGGCUUCAGAAAUGUCAGAGCUGACAGCUCGCAUUUCUCAGCUGGAAAUGGCCCGACAAAAGAAGGAAAGUGAGGCUGUGGAAUGGCAGCAAAAGGCUCAGAUGGUACAAGAGGACUUGGAGAAAACCCGUGCGGAGCUGAAGACUGCCAUGAGUACACCUCAUGUGGCGGAGCCUGCUGAGAAUGAGCAGGACGAACAGGAUGAGAAUGGGGCAGAGGCCAGUGCUGAUCUGCGGGCUGAUGCCAUGGCCAAGGACCGCAGUGAGGAGGAACGGACCACUGAGGCAGAGAAGAACGAGCGUGUGCAGAAGCAUCUGAAGGCCCUCACCUCCGAGCUGGCCAAUGCCCGUGAUGAGUCCAAGAAGACUGCCAAUGACAUGAUCCAUGCUGAGAACAUGCGACUUGGACGAGACAAAUACAAGACCCUGCGCCAGAUCCGGCAGGGCAAUACCAAGCAGCGCAUUGAUGAAUUUGAGUCCAUGUAAUGGGUACUUGCCCAGUCUCUAGGGACCCCUCCUCCCUUCAUCUUUCCCCCUAUACUCCUUGUACCUUUGCCUAACUCACUGUGCUGGAGCCACUAACUAAAGCAACCCUGGAAUCAUGCCAAGCAUUCAGUGCAGCCAUGGGACCAAACGUAGCCCCCUUAUCCCCUGCUUACCUGGGUAGACAAAUGGCCUACUAUGGUGUCACUGGGUCCCACUUUUCCUUCUUUGUCCCAUUUAAUCUAGCUUAUUAGAAUAGAUCUCUUCCCCAAUUCAGAUGUACUUUUCACUUGAUUUGGCAAAUAUACCCCCCCACACUUACAUGGUUCUUGUAGGGGUUAAGUGUGGAAUGGGUUGAAAGCUAGAUUCCUUCUCCUGUGCCAAUCACUGCCUUCCCCCAUCAAGUCCUGUGAUUUGCAAGAUCCAGGUAUUACAGGGUUUAGGGAAGGGUGACAAAGCCCUGUCUAUCUUCUCUAGUAUGUCAACUGACCUAGGAUUUAGCCUCCCACUGCCCAUCCCUUUAAGAGUUGAUGUAGGCUUUAUAAUGAUUGGAGGAUAAAUACAUUUUUAGUCAUUCUUGUUUCUACCUCCCAGAUUGAGCCUGUUAUAAGCUCAGUCCCAAUAAGCCUUCUCUCUGAAUUAAGGGACUCAGUUUCUUCCCAGGGUGGGAUGGGAGAGAUGGUGCCUUCAAGAGGUUUCAAUAAUAUCCUAGAAGGCCAUUGGCCCUCUGUUCGGUUAGGGCUUGGUAAGAGAUCCUGCACCUCUGCCUUGUGGGUGCCUAGGCUUGUCUCAAAUGAACUAUCUGGGCACAAGUAUACCUUUUUUUAAAAUUCCAGGUCCCUGCUUCCUUCUCUAGAUUUGUUCUUGUCCCUUCCAAUUCCUAAAUCUCCUAGACCUGGAAUAGAGAUAAGUACUCCAAAGCUCAGCAAGCCUUGCCCACAGCUCUUGCCAAAAAGGAGGAAAUGUUCAUGCUUGGCUUCAGUAUUUUCCUGCUAGGUGUUCUAGGCCACUUCUCCCAUCAGAGCUACUUGGGCUACAGCUCCUGCUUCAUACUUGUGUGGGCCUUGGUAUGGUAAGUCCUAGAUCUUGAGGCCAUUAAGCUUUAUUGGGGAGUGGGUAAGAGAAGCUGUGUGUAGUGAGAAUAGCUCUUGCCUCUGGUCCCACAGUUUACUACUCGACCCUCUCAGGUGCCCAAUAUUCCCUGUCCAUCACCCCCAGGUCCAAGGUAGUAACUGGGCCCUGCCUCUGACAAACCUCUAACCCAGGUCUUGUCACCAGCUGUGUUGUCCCUUGGAGCUAUAUAUCAGAGAGCUUCUGGGGAUUCUGGCCUGGUCCCUUCCACACCUCCAUCUUUCUCUCAACCCAGGAGCAUCCUUUCCCCACUCCCAUUUCAUGUGUGCUCUUUUUCUUUCUACCAGUAUUAUAUAUUGUAAUGAUAUCUAACUCAAUAUUGAUUUCUGCCUUUCUUGCUAAUGCGCUAUUAGAAAUUAGUCUUGAGGCAGGAUCAUUUUUUUGGCCUCAUUCCUUUACUUACCCUCCACACCUCAGAAGCAUAUACUAUAUUAUGAAAGGAUAUUUUGCCAGACACAUUAAGAAGCUUUCAGUAUUAGUGAUGUUACCUGUCACUAUAGGUCAUGCAGUCCAGUUUUUUUAAGUACUUAGUAUUUGGUUGUAUUGUUUCUGUUUGCCUUCUCCCCAGGGUUCAGUCCCCUCAGACUAUCCUUUUCUUCUAUGCAGUGUUCCUACCCAGAAGUUCCCUCAACCCUCUUCUCCCUCCCAUCACCACUAACCUUGGGGAGUCUUGUAUGCAUUGCUGUGAAUUAUAUUGACACUUACUUGGUGAUGUGCCCUGUAUCAGCUAAAUUAAAACCUGUAAUUGUGGGGCAACCUAGCUCCCUUAAGGGCAGUAACCCACCCCCAGGGAGGUUGGGGAGAAAAGUUAGAUUUUAUAUUCAGGUUUUUUGUGUGUAUUUUUGGGUUUAAAAAAUUGUUUUGGAGGGGUUUUUGCUCAACCCAUGUUCUAUUUCAGUGCCAAUAAAAUUUAGGAAGACUUC